AAUAUUUGGACAUCUCAGAAGCUUAAUCGACACUCAACGCGAGCAAUGCGAGAGUUACGAGCCGGUGAUCUACGUACAGGUGAAAAAAUCGAUCAACUGCAUGUGGAUUGGAUGUCGACAAGGCGACGUGACGAACCACUCACAGAGGACGAAUCACCAUCGAGUCACAUGAUUAACAACGAUAAACAGAUGAUAUCCGGCCAGUUGCUGAUCUUCGAGUUGGACGAGGAACCACCCGAAGUGAAAGCAGAGCUAACGACAAGCACCAGUACGUCACAUAAUACUGCCAAACUAGUCAAACUAGUAUCGUUAUCUCUCAAACUUAUUUCAAUCGAGGGUUCGUUGAUAUCGAUUUUUUGUCGGGAAGAAUUUUCACCACGUAAAUUUAUUUUAGUUAGCUUAUCGUUUAUUGUUGUGUUAGUUAGCAUUUUGAGUAUGCAUGUUGCUCACGAUAAGUUAUUCAAGAAUUUUAUUUGGCAAUAUAACAAGUUCUUUAGUUAA